AUGGCCGCUGAUAACCCUCGUAUACCAUUGAUCAACUUAAAUGUAACUGGUACGAAUGUAAAAUAUACCGAACUAAGAAAUGAAGUACCAUCGUUAACAAAAACUGACGCACAUCAAUCAUCUUCAUCACAAAUGACUACAAUUAGCAUACCAACAAACACUGUAGUCCAUAAUGAAAACAUAACAUUACCAAUCUCGCCAACGUCACCAACGCAAACAUCCGUAAACGAUUACGAACUUCACCGGUUACCCAUUCAACAACGUCGAUUUAUUAAAAAAUCAAUGAUGUCAAAUGUUGGAUAUCGAUUAGCUAAACGAAAAGAUCUCCAUAUUCGACGACGUAUAACAAAUGAUAUCAUGUGUGCCAUUGCUCUUUUGGGAAUUUUUUUAAUGAUAACUGAAAAUGAACUUACAUUUAAUCGAGUGGAUCAUAAAGAUACAACAAUCAGUUUACUGAUAAAAGCCACCAUUACAUUUACGACAAUAAUUUUAACUGGUUUUGUUUUCUAUUAUCAUCGUUUGGAUAUCAGUUUAUACUGUGUGGAUAAUUCUAUCGAUGAUUGGAGAAUAGCACUGACCCGUUCAAAAUUGUUCUUAAUCAUCUUAGAAGCAUUUGUAUGCGCUAUUCAUCCGAUACCUGGUCAUUUUCUUGUUGAAUGGGGUUCUCAGUAUGUUCAUGGUUAUAUAAGUCUCCAUCCGAAUCCAUAUCAAUCACCACAAUUGUUCCCAUCAAUGGAUAAUUCAACCACAAUGAUGAAUAGGGAUGAUAGCUCGGCAUUACCGUCUGGUUCUUAUGUACCGAUUGAUGUUAUGUUAUCACUGCCAAUGUUUUUUAGGUUAUAUUUAUUAUGUCGUUUUAUUAUGCUGCGCAGUCAUCUUGUUCGAGACGCAUCAUCACAAUCAUUGGGCUAUUUAAAUCGGGUGUCGUUCAACUUUCAGUUUGUUAUUAAAGCGUACAUCAAACAAUCGCCGGCUUUCUCGUUAAUGUCAUUUUGUAUCAUCACCUUUUUUAUUGCCAGUUGGUCACUGAGAGCAUGUGAUUACAAUGUGAAAACGGGUCACAUGCCAAUGUUAGACGCAUUGUGGCUUUUUAUUGUAACAUUUACAACGAUCGGCUAUGGCGAUAUUGUACCAUCGACGUAUUGUGGACGAGGUAUUGCUGCAAUAUCCGGUUUAAUUGGUGUUUUUGCUACAGCGUUACUAGUUGCCGUUAUUUCACAGAAACUGGAACUAACCCGUUCAGAAAAAUAUGUUCAUAAUUUUGUAACUAAUAUUGAGCUGGCUAAAAAACAUCGACAUCAAGCUGCAAAUGUUGUAAAAUAUGGCUGGAAAAUAUGGUAUCUGAAACGGAGAGGAAAAGAAAUGUUCAUUGAGUAUAUUAAAGCCCAACGAAAAUUGUUAACAGCUAUACAUUGCAUUCGAAAAAUAAAACAGGAACAACGAAAAUUAGGUGAUAAUGCUAUAACACUCUCAGAGCUACAUAAUUCACAAAAAAUUAUAAAUCUCACCACUAAUGAUGUAUCACAGCAAGUGCUUAAUAUGGAACGGAAAGUGGAUGGUAUUGAAGAUAGACUGAUAACAAUGGGUAUCAAUUUACAAUCAAUGCAUGAUACAAUGAAUAUUUUAAUGGAUAAAUUGAACCGAUGA